AAUGGUAAUGCUAUAAAAAAAAAAAAAAGAAUGUAUAGCCUGGAAUGGCAUAUUUGGAAAAUAUAUUGGCAAUGUACUAGCAACCUAACUCAUUGAUACCAAGGAAGCGCUGUAAAGAUAAGGUUGGCUACAAUACAAAUAAAUAUAUAACCUAGGUUAUGUUUUAAUAAGAUUCAGAAACAAACGCGUGUGUGUAGUUGCUAUGCAUGCUCUCACGACUGUUCGUAGCUGUUUACAAUUAGAGGUUGUUAAGGCGUAUAUAAGAAACAAAAUAUUAAAUCCAGCCUCCCCCUAGCGAACAAAAUAGAAGUUUACAAAAAAGGAACGUCACAUCCCCUUGACCCUCCAAUCACCUCUGGGUCCCAUUUGAUUGGAAGGCGGCAAAGGCUUUAAUCUCAGACUAAUUCAGCUGCUUUUGAAGUGACUGUUUUCUGCCAGAUCUCGGGGUGGAAGAACUACUUCGCGGAUCUGUGAAGACACGCAGAGACAACAGAGCUUCUGGUGCAGCAAGAGCUUUAAACUGAUAGUCGCACAUCUGCCGCCUGACUGUACGCUUCUACCUAAGGAUUACACCGAUUUUGUUGAUCUGGGACUGGUCGUACUCUUAUAAUUUAAAAUAAAAGGAACAUCUGAUUUUUUUUUUUAAUUUUUUUUAUUUUUUAAUGAAUCUGAUAAAUGCAUUUUCAACAAUUUCUAUGAGAAUUGGGUCAUGAUCACAUCGCCCUCGGUCUCAGCUCUAAGAAAUAGUAAUAAUCAAACCUGGGAGAGCAGCGGAUCUUUGAAUAACAGCUCCGCGACAAAUCUCAACAAGCCCUUUCUCCACUCCGUUCCUCCUUCGGAUCCAAUAAGGCAAGCUAAUCGCCUUCCCAUCAAGGUGUUGAAAAUGCUUACGGCACGGACAGGACACAUUCUGCACCCAGAGUAUCUCCAGCCCCUGCCGUCUACACCCGUUAGCCCAAUCGAGCUUGAUGCCAAGAAAAGUCCACUGGCCCUUUUGGCUCAAACUUGCUCGCAAAUCGGAAAACCAGACCCUCCAGCCUCUUCUAAACUCUCCUCAGUAACAUCUAAUGGAUCUAGUGACAAAGACUCCAAAUCCGGUCCAUUGAAACUGAGUGACAUAGGAGUGGAAGACAAAUCGAGUUUCAAACCAUACUCAAAACUAUCUGAGAAGAAGGACUCCGGGGUUUCCAGUGGAGAGAAAUCUGGUUUCCGCGUGCCUAGCGCCACCUGCCAGCCAUUUACUCCAAGGACAGGCAGUCCCAGCUCCAGCACUUCUGCAUCCCCGCUGCCAUCAGAGGGCAAACCAGGAGACAGUCAAGACAAGAAAGACUCCGAAUCUAAUAAAAAUAGCACAUCUGAGGGGUCUGGAGCCUCUAGCAUCAGCCACAGCAGGAUAAGUGUGAGUUGUGCUGGAAUAAAUGUAGAGGUCAACCAACACCAGGAUACUAAUUCGGGGUCAAAAUCUGCAACUUCAGACUCUUUAUCAGUAUCUUCAGCCUCAUCUGCAUCAGUACUUGGAUCUGGUCUUGUAGCUCCUGUUUCACCAUAUAAACCAGGACAGACUGUUUUUCCACUUCCACCGGCUGGCAUGUCAUACCCUGGGUCUUUGGCCGGGGCCUAUGCUGGCUAUCCACAUCAGUUCCUGCACCACGGAGUGACUUUAGACCCAACCAAGUCCAACAGCCUAGUCAAUGCCCAGCUUGCCAGUUCACUAGGCUGCAGUAAGGCAGGAUCUAGCCCCUUAGCUGGAGCCUCACCACCUUCAAUGAUGUCUGCUAGUAUUUGUAGAGACCCUUACUGCUUGAGCUACCACUGUGCAAGUCACCUGACUGGGGCUGCCAGUGCACAGUGUGCACACGACUCUGCAGCUGUAGCAGCUCUUAAAUCUGGAUACCCGCUGGUAUACCAAACGCACCCAUUGCACAGCGUCCACUCCUCCCCACCAUCAUUUGCUGGGCACCCCUUAUACCCUUACGGCUUCAUGCUCCCCAACGAUCCCCUGCCACACGUCUGCAACUGGGUGUCGGCCAAUGGACCUUGUGACAAGCGUUUUUCCUCCUCUGAAGAACUCCUGAACCACCUGCGAACCCACACAGCUUUCACUGGAACAGAAAAGCUCAUAUCCGGUUACCCAAGCUCAUCAUCUUUAGCCAGUGCAGCAGCAGCAGCUAUGGCUUGCCACAUGCACAUGCCCCCAACAGGAGCCCCUGGGAGCCCCAGCACAUUAGCACUCAGGAGCCCACACCAUGCUUUGGGACUGAGCAGUCGCUACCACCCUUAUUCAAAGAGCCCCUUACCAACUGGUGCACCAGUGCCAGUACCUGCGGCCACAGGACCAUAUUACUCUCCAUACGCACUGUACGGACAAAGACUGACCACAGCAUCUGCACUGGGAUAUCAGUAAAACAAAAAAGACUAACAAAUUUAUAUAAAGAAAAUACAAAUAUAAAGACUUUUAUAUUACUGUCCACUUAAGGACUGGAUCCGUGGACACUGUAUUUAUUUAUGUUAGCUUCAAGCAGGACAAUAAAAACGAAAAAAUAAAUCUCAAAAGUGCAUUACUUUAAAACUGAGCUCUAUAAAUAAAGUGAAACGCCCAUGGUAGAAUAUUAAUGAAAAAUGAGGGGUUUUCUUUUCGAUGUUUAUUUGAAAUUGCUAUGAUUGUAUUGUACGUUCCUAUUUAAUGUCUCCUUGGAAGAAAAUAAUAAUUUACAUGCAUGUCUGUUACUAAAAUCCCAACUUGUCAUUUAUAAUUUUAAAUUGCAGUUAUUUUUAAGGUGUAUACCAUGGAGAGAGAAUUGGUAUUUUUUUGUAUGUAUUCUGAAAAAAAAAAAAAAAAGAAACGGUUCUAUUCCAAAAAAUAAACUAUCGUCUUUGAUUUCUUGCGUUGCACUAAACAUACCGGUUUCACAAUGUAAGGAAGGUUUGUGGUAUCAUUUAUGUAAGCUGGUGUGAAAUUCUUCUGGGUAUAACAUAACUAAAACGGACAUUAUGAAAUAAACUAAAC